AUGAGACCCGUUACAAUUGGAAUCGUGUCGAUCGGAGACAUGGGCCUAGGUAUGGCCCGACUCCUAAAGUCUCAUGACUACCGAGUUGUCACGGUCGCAGAAGGAAGGAGUGAACACACACAGGCACGAAUUCAUUCCGCAGACAUCGAAAUUCUUCCCUCAGACCAAGCGCUAGUAACCCAAGCGGACUACGUACUUUCGAUCGUACCUCCGCGGAACGCAGUGGCGACGGCACGACGAAUAGCAGACGCACACGCCCAGUCACUGACCGGCAGUCUCCGAGAGGCAAUAGAGGAUGUAGAAAGCAAGCCGAAGAGGUCAAAGCUAUACUACCUCGAGCUGAACGCGGUACCCGCUCGACUGGUGUCGGAGAUGGCGGCGCUAUUCGACGAGCCAACCACAACCACGGAAGAGGGCCGAGGGUGCCACUUCCUCGAUGGCGGAAUCAUUGGGGCGCCGCCGUUACAAAGCACGCAAGACGGCACCUGGAAGAAACCUAGUGUAGUGCUGUCCGGGUUGGUGGAUCUGGCUCCGAGGUUUGCGACACUAGCCAGCGUCCUGAAUAUAAGGCUUGUCUCAACUCGGAUUGGCGCCGCAUCCACGCUCAAAUUAUCAUUCUCUGCGCUGACAAAAGGUCUUACCGCGCUGUCUAUUUUGUCGUUCUCCACUGCGCAGAAGGAGGAGAUGUUGCCAGAGUUGUUAGCGCUGUUGGAGGAAUAUUCCCCACGCACUGCGGCACUCGCGACAAAUGGGGUGAUUGCUAUGAGUCCCAAGGCAUACCGGUGGGAGGAUGAAAUGCGCGGGAUCGGGGAGGCGUUUGAUGCGGAGGGCGGUUGGAAUGGGGUCGGGGCCGGUGUUUAUGGAGGGAUUGCUGAGAUCUAUCGGAUCAUUGCGGAAGAUACCAUAUUAGGUGAGGAAAGAGUGGAGCAUCGAGUGCGAGGUAUAACGGUUGAGGACGCCUCUCAGAUCAUAGCUCAAAGGGAAAAGUAA